GGAGGCGAGGCCAGGGGGCGUGGCCGGUCGCGUGACCGGGCGCGAGGGCCUCGGAGGGGAGCCGCGGCGUCGUCGUCGUCGUCCUCCUCUUCCUCUCCGCGCCAAGAUGGCGGACGAGGCGAGCGAGGGCCUGCCUCCGCGGUCGGUGCUGCCGGGGCCCUUGAGGGGCGGAGGGGGCGGCGGAGGCGGUUCGGGCUCGGUGUCCUCGUCGUCGUCGUCGGCGCCUGCGGUCGGCGGCGCUCCCUCGGCUGCCGUCCAGGGCCCGCGCGUGGUCCGCAUCGUGAAGUCGGAGUCCGGCUACGGCUUCAACGUCCGGGGCCAAGUCAGCGAAGGCGGGCAGCUGCGCAGCAUCAACGGGGAGCUCUACGCGCCGCUGCAGCACGUCUCGGCCGUCCUGGGAGGAGGAGCCGCCGAGAGGGCCGGCGUCCGGAAGGGGGACCGCAUCCUCGAGGUGAACGGCGUGAACGUUGAAGGGGCGACCCACAAGCAGGUGGUGGACCUGAUCCGGGCUGGAGAGAAGGAGCUGAUUCUCACGGUCUUGUCGGUGCCGCCGCACGAGGCAGACAACCUCGACCCGAGCGACGACUCACUGGGCCAGUCCUUCUACGAUUACACGGAGAAGCAAGCAGUGCCCAUCUCCAUCCCCACCUACAAGCAUGUGGAACAGAAUGGUGAGAAGUUUGUGGUUUACAAUGUUUACAUGGCGGGGCGGCAGCUUUGUUCAAAGCGGUACCGUGAAUUCGCCAUCUUGCAUCAGAACCUGAAGAGGGAGUUUGCCAAUUUCACAUUUCCUCGCCUGCCGGGCAAAUGGCCAUUCUCAUUAUCGGAACAGCAGCUGGAUGCCAGGCGAAGAGGGCUCGAGGAAUACCUCGAAAAAGUAUGUUCCAUUCGGGUCAUUGGGGAAAGUGACAUCAUGCAGGAGUUCUUAUCGGAGUCGGACGAGAACUACAACGGGGUGUCAGACGUGGAACUCCGAGUGGCCCUUCCGGACAUCACGACAGUGACCGUCCGGGUCAAGAAGAACAGCACCACAGACCAGGUGUAUCAGGCUGUUGCCGCCAAAGUGGGCAUGGACAGCACGACUGCAAAUUACUUUGCCUUGUUCGAAGUGAUAAAUCACUCUUUUGUGCGGAAACUGGCUCCCAACGAAUUCCCCCAUAAACUCUACGUGCAAAACUACACUUCGGCCGUGCCAGGGACCUGCCUGACAAUCCGGAAAUGGCUCUUCACCACGGAAGAGGAGAUCCUUCUGAACGACAAUGACUUGGCGGUCACCUAUUUCUUCCACCAGGCUGUCGAUGACGUGAAGAAGGGAUACAUCAAAGCCGAAGAGAAGUCCUACCAACUGCAGAAACUCUGCGAGCAAAGGAAGAUGGUCAUGUAUCUCAACAUGUUGCGGACUUGUGAGGGUUACAACGAGAUCAUCUUCCCGCACUGCUCCUGUGACUCCCGCCGCAAGGGUCACGUCAUCACAGCCAUCAGCAUCAAGCACUUUAAACUCCACGCCUGCACCGAGGAGGGCCAGCUAGAGAACCAGGUAAUAGCUUUUGAAUGGGACGAGAUGCAGCGAUGGGACACAGACGAGGAGGGCAUGGCCUUCUGCUUCGAAUACGCCCGAGGGGAAAAGAAGCCGCGAUGGGUUAAAAUCUUCACCCCUUACUUUAACUACAUGCACGAGUGUUUUGAGCGCGUUUUCUGUGAACUCAAGUGGCGGAAAGAGGUGGAAGAGGAAGCAACAGACAAGGAUAACAAGAACUGCAGUAAAGACAAUAUGUGCAGCAAGGUAACAAACAGCGGGUGGGAAGAUAAUGCUUUUCUUAGAUUACAGAACAUCUUUCAGGUGAUGCGGACACAGCACAGAGACAUUACGACUUAGCCCUGAGCCACCUUGGACAAAACAAAAACCCACCCGUAUUAUCCCUUCCUUUGCCCUCUCCUUAAAAAUUUAACACUUUUAAAAAUGAAAAAGGAAAAAAAAAACAGAAGGAAAUGGUUUAUUGUAUUCAAGCCCUUAAAACUAAAUAUUAAUACCAUUUGUGAAUUUAAUGUUAAGCAACUUUUGGGGCGGGGAUCCAGAAAUAAGGGAGCCGGGAGUUCGGUUUAUUUCCAACAAAAAUGGGUUGUUUUCGACUUUGUCCCCCCCCCCCCCCUUUCCCCCUUUUCCUUGUUGUUGAAAGAUGGACUAUGCCGAGGGAUUGCUCAUUUCUUCCUUCCUCCCUUCGUCGUUUGUUUUUUUACAACUGGAUAUAGAUAUGUACAUCCAUUUGCACUGUUUUGGACAUAUAUAUGUAUGUAUGUAAAAAAAAAUUAUAUAUACAAACUAUCACGCACGUAUAUACAUAUAUAUAAUUUUCAUAUCGACGGCUGUUACUUUUGGGGCGCUUGUAUUUCUACGCAGAGGGGUCCGUCCUCCUGGAUUUGUUGUGGUAAAACUCUAGAAGAAGGAAAAGGGGAAAGAGAGAAAGAGAUGAAAAGAAAAACAAAUAGCGUUAAAGGAACUGCCUCUCUCUGUAUGUAGGAAUUUACUGGCGCUUUCGAUUUUUGAUGCCAUCCAACCCUCAAAGCUGAUUCGGACAUUUAAAGUUUAGAGGUGUUUUGUUUUUGUUUUAUCGGGACGAGUUUCUUCUCGCUCCUUUUGAGGCUGCAUUUCAGAAGUCGGUGGGAGGGAAGAGAAGCCUUGCAACGUCGGCACUUUGGGGAAUAAAACGAUUUGGGUUUCGUCUCA